AUGCCAUCCUCUCACGCUCACUCUCACGCUCACGCUCCCUGGACAACAGCAACGAGCACAAUGUCCAGUCACCCUCUCACCACGGUGGUGCCCAUCGACCGGGUCGUUGCCAUCGCAAGGCACCCGACCAGCUCGAACCACCCAUCAGACACAUACCUCCGUUUCAACCCCGGUGACAAGAUCUACGUCCUGAACAAGAACGACAACGGCUGGUGGGACGGCAUCGUUCUGCAUGGCAAGGUCGUCACCCGAGGCUGGUUCCCUCUCCACUUCGUCAAGCCGUACAGAACAGUGUCCCCCGGCGCCAAAGUCGCCGGCAACCGAAGAGUCAGCGGCGCCAGGACCGGGAGCGGGUCCGCCAAACUCUCGUCCUCGAGCCUCUCGCUGUCGCAGUUCCGUUCCCACAGUGUCUCCGCCGCCAACAACGCCAUCCCCAACAGCGGCAGACGGUGUUCCGCGUACUCCUUGUCUCCAACAGAAACGUCGUCGACCAACGUCAUGCUGAACCCCGCAACGCCCCCUGUUGAAAGUGGAGUAAUCGAAAGUGGAGUAACAGCACAUCCAACAAGUUUGCCUGGCGGCUCGCUGACACAAAACCAAAACCAAGGGUCAUUCAUUCCGGCUGUUUCCCCAAUGGUGAAGUCAAAAAGUGUUGGAUCUCCAAUUUAUCCGGCGCCCGCCAAAGAUAAGGGGCGCCCAACAGCGCAUGGGAAAGAGCAAGACAGGAACACGGUUGAACGUCAGGUCCUGGCUCGUCAUGCUGUAAGUGUGGAUUAUCAUUCGGAUAUAAAUACGGGGGGUUUCCAGACCGGUUCCGUUGUUGACAAGCAAGGGAUCUUGACUCUCGACGAGGUUAAGGCUGUUGUUUACAACUUCACUUACAAGAGAUCUGCACACGCAGAUCGUGGACACAAAUUCGACAAUGUUUCAAGUUUUGAAAAUAACAUUAUAAAUUUAUUAUUGGAUUGGAAACCCAUACAGAAUCCUGGAAAUGAAAGUGGAGACAGAAGUGGAAGUGGAAAUUCAAUAUUAUAUUAUAAUGAGUUUCUGAAGAUUUAUUGCAAAAGUUUACCUAUUUUUGAUUUCGAUAAGAUAAAAGAAUCGAUCAAAAUCGAAGAAAAUGAUUAUAUAACAGAAGAGAAAAAAUAUUCACAAAAUAACAAUAAUGAUAAGAGCAAGGGCGUGGGUAACCCCGUUAGUAAUACUACAAAUCUGUUCCGUUCAAAAAAAUAUCAUAAUGCAUUUUACUAUCAUCAGAAAGACAUACGAUAUUGGUUUGAACUAAAAGAUCUAAUUAUUAAAAAUUUGACUUCAGCUCACAACGCCAUUUUAUCAAUGAAUGCCAAAAAAUUCGAAAAAUAUUUUUCAUUAUCUUCAGAUUAUAUUACGUAUUUGAAUUUAGCAUGCCAUUUAUUCAAGAAAUAUCAUUUAACAAAUUUGAAAAAUAGUAUUUUAACAAAACAGUUAAGAUUGUUUUUAAAGCGAAUAAUGCAUUCACUAUCAGUAAUUUCAAUCAAAUCAGCAAUGUUUUUUGAAAUCAGUCAUAUCAAUACUAAACUAGAUCCUGAUCUAAAGAAAAGUUUUACCGCUAAAAAUUCAAUCGAUCCGCUUUAUUAUUCACAGAUGGAACGGUCGGUUUCAAAAGAUAUUAAAAAUAGUUUAACAUUAGCGCCAAUAACUCCUGUGCUUUCAAGAAAUCAAGAAACCUUAAAUACACCUACACCGGAAAAUAAUAUGGAAUAUCUUAAUGGAAUCGAUCCAGUGUCAACAGGCAUAACCUCACCAUUUCCAGGCAUAAUUAAUUCAAAAUCAAAUUCAAUAUCGACUUUAAGGAAUAAUUCAGAAAACAAUAUAAAAUUCGAUUUAUCAAUGAUUAGUCAUAUUAGAAUUUUCGAAUUAAUAGAUAACGAAUUUCAAAAUAUUAAUAAGAAUGUUAUUAGUUUAUAUCAAUUGAUUAUUAACAAUGGCAAUACUCACUUAGUAUCGCCAAAUAAGACAACAAAUGUUGUAGAUGACUUAGAUGCAUUGUUAUUACCGCAAUUGCUACCAAGAUUUAUUAAAGGUUCUUUAAAUGGUGGUUCUUGGAAAAAUCCUUUUGUAAUGAAUUCUAAAAUUUAUCCCCAAAAUUCAAAAAAUGAUUCAAAAAAUCAUUCUGUGGGAAGUCAUAACUAUAACAAUUAUUAUAAUGAUCAAAAAAUUGAAGAAAAUAAUGAUAACGAUAAUGAUAAUUCAAAUAAUUAUAAUAAUUUGGAGGUUGAUAAUGGUAAAUUCAUUAGCGAUUAUAUUUUACAUUCUAAACUACUGAAUAAUGAAUCUGUUUCUAAACAAAAUCAAUCGAGUUCUACAAUGACAGAUUAUUCAGUAAGAAGAGGUAGGCAUGGUAAACAUAAAGCCAAAGAAGAUUAUCCUUUAAACAAUGCAACUCUAAAAUUAUUGAAAAGAUUAUCCUUAGUUGCCUUAGCCAAAUUUUUACCGGAAAUGAAUCACAAAAGGAAUAAUGCAUCAUCCAGGAAUUUUGAAAUGAAAUCAAUUCAAAAUAUCAAAAUUUUAAAUCAAUCAGCAUCUAAGGAAAGAAAUUUAGAAAUAAUCUCAAAAACUUAUGAGGAAAUCAAUGUGAAUUUACUUGUUUUAGAAGUAAUGGAAAAUUUAGAUUUAUCAAUUUUUAUUAAUCUAAAAAGAUUAAUUCUAAAUCCGAGCCAAACUUCAAAUGAUACAGAAACGGAAGAAUUCUUGAACCAUGCUUUAUGUAUAAUUGCUUCAACAUUAAUGGAUUUUUACAAUAUUAAGCAACUUUUACAUGAUAUUUAUAUUAAACUGGUGAUGUCAGCACAACAAGUGACGAUAGAUGAUGAUCCUUAUUCAUUUCAAUCAAUGAAACCAAAUUUCUUUGUCAACUAUUAUGAUCCAAAACGAAGUGAUAGCAAUUUUAUGAAUUAUUCCAAGUAUCAUUUAUCAAUUAAUGAAAUUGAAAAUGAAAAAAAAUAUAAUAACUUAUCUGAUGAACUUUAUAAUUUUUUAACAUCGCAAGAUAUUGAGAAUAACUCAAUGAAUUACUUGGAUACAACCAUCGAGUUUAAGGAUACUUUACACAGAUAUAAGGAAUUGAUAACUCAUGCUUAUAAUGUUGUUGAACAAUUAGAAAUUGAAAGAGAAAAUUUGUUAAAUUAUUCUGCAAGAAUGAUGAAGAACAAUUUGAUUAUUGAAUUACUUAAAAAUGAUAAAGAAUUUAAAGAAUCAAAUAUAUCAACAAAUUAUGAUAUUGAAAAUUACGUCAUAAUAUCUGAUAUACUAAAUAGACAUGAUUCCGAAUCAAGAGAUGAUUUAUUUGACUUUACAAACUUACCGAGCGAUAGGUUUACGUUAGAUGAUGCAAAUAUCGAACUUGGUAUUCAAUCCGAGUCACAAAGUAGACAUUCAGAUGAUUCUGGAGAAAGUGAUCUGGAAUGGUAUUUAAAGUGUGAUGAUGAAGAAAAUUUAUUUUAUGAUUCGAAAGGAAGAGUUAAAUAUGGUACUAAAGAAGCCUUGAUAGAACAUUUGACUCGUCACUUAAAGCCAGAUCAUCAGUUUAUUUUCACAAUGUUAUUGACUUUUAAGAGUAUGUUCUCAACAUUAGAAUUUCUUUACAUGUUGGUUUAUAGAUACAAUAUUUCACCGCCACAAGGUUUAAGUUAUGAUGAAUAUCAUGAAUGGAUCACCAAAAAAUCGAAUCCAAUUAAACAUAGAGUGGUUGAAGUUUUAAAUCUUUUAUUUACUGAUUAUUGGAGUGAUUUUUACUAUGAAGAUGGUUUAGAAGUUGUGUUAGAUAUUGCAAACGUUGCUGUCGCAGAUGAUAUCCCUGGAUCACAAAAGUUGGUUGAGAUAAUUGAGAAAAAUAACAUUAUCAAAUCAGCUUCUGCAGAUAAUAUUUUAAAAGAAAAAGUACAAGAAGUUUCUUCAAAUCCUCCUGCUAACAACACGGCACAAACAUUAUUGUUUACAAGUAAGCUUUUUAAAUCAAAAAAAUUUAGAAUAACUGAUAUUGAUGUUAAUGUUUAUGCAUAUCAACUUACGCUUUUGGAACAUCAACUGUUUAGUAAAAUUACUUUAUUUGAUUGUUUGCUAAGAGCUUGGGGUGAAAAAUAUCUAAAUACUAAAGGUUCGACUAAUAUUUCUGAUUUUAUAUCAUAUGCAAAUAAACUGACCAAUUACAUUUCCUACGUAAUUGUUACAGAACGAGAACCAAAAGAACGUGCCAAGAUAAUUGAAUAUUUUGUUAAUGUAGCAGAUAAAUGUAAAGAAUUGAAGAAUUUCUCAAGUAUGACUGCUAUUAUUUCUGCAUUAUAUUCUUCUCCAAUUUAUAGAUUGAAGAAAACAUGGCCAUACUUAUCAAGCGAGUCUAAUGCCAUUUUAGCUGAAUUAAAUUCGUUAACAAAUUCAACAAAGAAUUUUGUUAAAUAUAGAGAGUUGGUUAGAGCGGUUAAAAAUGUAGCGUGUGUCCCAUUUUUUGGAGUUUACCUAUCUGAUUUGACUUUUACACAAUAUGGUAAUUCUGACUUUGUCGAUGGCUCUACAGAACUCGUGAAUUUUAGUAAAAGAAACAUUAUUGCUGAUAUUAUUUUUGAUAUCAUGAGAUUCAAGAACUAUAAUUACGAUCUAGAACCUCAAAUGGAGCUCCAAAAUUAUAUCAAAACUUCUUUAGAAGGAAUUCCUCAUAUAGAAAAACAAUAUGAAUUAUCUUUGCAGUUAGAAGCUAGAGUUAACAAUAAUGCUUAUUUAAAAGCAACAUAUGUCAAUGGGAGCAAAAAUGAAAAUGCCAAUAUUAACAUUGAAGGGAAAGGUUCCAAACUAUUGAAUUUUGGCAGGAAAAACAACCAUUAA